GUAGGCAGGGGUAGAAUGGCGUGUAGCUUUGGAGGUGCCUUAGCUGGACCAAUUAUUGUGGAGCCACAUGUCACAGCAGUAUGGGGAAAGAAUGUUUCAUUGAAGUGUUUAAUUGAAGUAAAUGAAACUAUAACACAAAUUUCAUGGGAGAAGAUCCAUGGCAAAAGUUCACAGACUGUUGCAGUUCAUCAUCCUCAGUAUGGAUUCUCUGUUCAAGGAGAAUAUCAGGGAAGAGUCUUGUUUAAAAACUAUUCACUUAACGAUGCUACAAUUACUCUACAUAACAUAGGAUUCUCGGAUUCUGGAAAAUACAUAUGCAAAGCUGUUACAUUCCCGCUUGGAAAUGCUCAGUCCUCUACAACUGUAACUGUAUUAGUUGAACCCACUGUGAGCCUGAUAAAAGGGCCAGAUUCUUUAAUUGAUGGAGGAAAUGAAACGGUAGCAGCCAUUUGUAUCGCAGCCACUGGAAAACCAGUUGCACAUAUUGACUGGGAAGGUGAUCUUGGUGAAAUGGAAUCCACUACAACUUCUUUUCCAAAUGAAACAGCGACGAUUGUCAGUCAGUACAAGCUGUUUCCAACCAGAUUUGCUAGAGGAAGGCGGAUUACUUGUGUUGUAAAACAUCCAGCCUUGGAAAAGGACAUCCGAUAUUCUUUCAUAUUAGAUAUACAGUAUGCUCCUGAGGUUUCAGUAACAGGCUAUGAUGGGAAUUGGUUUGUAGGAAGAAAAGGUGUUAAUCUCAAAUGUAAUGCUGAUGCAAAUCCACCACCCUUCAAAUCUGUAUGGAGCAGGUUAGAUGGACAGUGGCCUGAUGGUUUAUUGGCUUCAGACAAUACUCUUCAUUUUGUCCAUCCAUUGACUUUCAAUUAUUCUGGUGUUUAUGUCUGUAAAGUGACCAAUUCCCUUGGUCAAAGGAGUGAUCAAAAGGUCAUCUACAUUUCAGAUCCUCCUACUACUACCACCCUUCAGCCUACAAUUCAGUGGCAUCCCUCAACUGCUGACACCGAGGAUAUAGCAACAGAACCAAAAAAAUUGCCCUUCCCAUUGUCAACUUUGGCAACAAUUAAGGAUGACACAAUUGGCACAAUCAUUGCUAGUGUAGUGGGUGGGGCUCUCUUCAUAGUACUUGUAAGUGUUUUGGCUGGAAUAUUCUGCUAUAGGAGAAGACGGACGUUUCGUGGAGACUACUUUGCCAAGAACUACAUUCCACCAUCAGAUAUGCAGAAAGAAUCACAAAUAGAUGUUCUUCAACAAGACGAGCUUGAUUCUUACCCAGACAGUGUGAAAAAAGAAAACAAAAAUCCAGUGAACAAUCUAAUACGGAAAGACUAUUUAGAAGAGCCUGAAAAAACGCAGUGGAACAAUGUAGAACAUCUCAGUAGGUUUGAAAGACCAAUGGAUUAUUAUGAAGAACUAAAAAUGGGAAUGAAGUUCGUCAAUGAUGAACAUUAUGACGACAAUGAAGAUGACUUAGUUUCACAUGUAGAUGGUUCCGUAAUUUCCAGGAGGGAGUGGUAUGUUUAGCAACCACUAAAUGUGACUUACCUAUGUACAAUGUUUCAUUCAUACUAGUUGAUCAUUUUCAGAUUGUUCAUACUUUUUCUUGAGGAAGAAUAAGCUUUUUCAACUUGAUUUUCAAGCUUUUUAUAUUCUAAUUUGACAAAUGAAACUGUAAAAUCUGGGUUCAAUGUAUCUGAGCUGCUUUACAAUUUUUUUUCAAUGCUGUACUACUGUCUCAAGAUUUAAAUUUUAAUGCAGAGUACUUUAUUGGUCUGAGGCACACAGGUAAGAAGAAAUGUCAACAUUAAAUGUAUGACUUUUUUGGUACAAAAAUUAAAAAGGAAAAAAAAAAGGAAACUACCUUGGCAUUGUGUAUUAAAUGUUUACCUAAGACUAUAAUCUCAAGUAUAAUGUUUGUUAAACAUAUACCUCUCAAAAUUUAUCACCACUAAAUGAUACUACAUGAAAAUCGACUAUAAAACUAAUUCAAGAAAUGUUUAUAUAUAUUUUUAGUAUACAAAAAAAAUUCAGCCUGAUAAAACAUCUUUCCUUUUCAAACAUUGUUUUCUAAGUUUCUAUAUAAAUGAAUCUUUACCUCUGCAUUUUAAUGAGCCUUGCCAUAAUUACUGUAGAGUGGCUUUUCAAAGAUAUUUUGUUGCACUAAAACUGUGGUAGUAAACUCAGUGAACAUGCUGUGUGGAAGAGCCUAAGUAGCUGGUCAGUAUUUUUGUCUAAAAUACAUACAAGAGUUAAAUAAAAACAUGCCUUUUAAACAUAAUUAUUACAUUUUUUCAUCUCUGGAGGACAAUACUUAUAAUGUCAUAUGAACAUUGAUUUUGGUACAUUAAGUGGCAUACAUAGUUUUGUUUGAAUGCUUUAUGUCCUAAAUAUAAGAAUAAUAAUAAAGUGAUGGUACGCAGUUAAGUAUAGUUCAGAGAGAGCACUUAAGUAUAUGGAAAAAUAUGGGCAAAUUUGCAUUAGAAUACAGAUUUUAGAAAUGAGAUGUCAGCCAAAAAUUUAUACAAGGAAUUUUCUAGCCCAUCUUGUUUUAGUUAUCUAAUAGUGAAUGUUGUUCAAACGGGUAAAUAUACAGAAAAAUUAGAAUAAACUUGUAAAUUUGAGGUUUAAUGAGAAAAAUCUGAAUUAUAGAACCAGUCACUAGCAUUUGCUGAUGUAUAUUGGCAGAUCAUCCCCCUUUUCCUCCUAAAUGUAUGUAUUUGUUGCAAGAUUUUUGUUUUUCCAAUUAAAACUGGAAACAUUAUAAGAUUUUUUGUUUUGUUUUUGUUUUUUGCAUAAUUAAGUAUAUUCUUUCCAAAAAUCAUGUAUCUUUUGAAAAAGAAAUGUUAUCUAAAACUUCAAAUGUGGGUCUUCUUUGUGAGGUAAUUAAAAUGCUUCUACAGUGGAGUCCUACAAAAUUAUAAUGAUGACAACUAUUUUGAAGCCCAAAGAAUAUGUUGUUUUCUGUUGAUAAUUCAUUUGAAAAAAAGGACUGUGUAGAAUUGCCUUAGGUAAUUUGCCAGGAAUUGAAGUGGUUAGUGGGAGAAUCAUAAAUAAAUUAUUUUGUUACUAAAAAAGCAAAGUAGGUACUUUUUUUUUAUCUCCCCCAACCACUCCACUCCUGAUGUUUCUUGUUGAAUCUAAAGGAAUGUUUUAUAAGGCAAAAUUCUAACAUGUUCAUAGAAUUUUGCAAGUAGUCAAGGCCUUACUCUAAACAAUUAUAACAUAAUUUUGUUUCUUUUGACUAUCAGUACUUUGUGGAAAUUAGAAACCUUCCCACUUAACACACUUAGUAUAAGAGUGUAAUCAGCAAAGGACACAGGUAAGCUCACUGAUAUCUUGUUAAAAAUACAUGGUUUUAAUAUAAUUAACCACUGAUAUACAAAUAUUAAGACUCUUUGGUCCAAGUCAUUGGAAGCAAAAUUUUAUUGAUAAUACCCUGUGAUUAAAGUGGACUUUAUUUUUUAAUUUAAAUACCAGCAUUCAUCUGGCCACAAGAAAAACGGAUCUAAAAUUUCUUGACAUAGAAGAUAGGAAUUUGUGGCUUUUUUGUUCAUAAUUUCAUCUUUAGAACAAUGGUUUGAAAUGCUGUAUGAAUCUGAGCAGAAUAAUCACUGUAUAAAUCUCAGUGGUUCUUGAGUGUAAUCUGAAGAAAUAUUAUAUUUUACAACUGUAUUGCAAAAAUAUAAAUACCUACUUAGUGAUUAUGACCUUCCUUUUAUAUUGUGGCCAUUAUGUGUUUAGGGUGGGUUUUUUUGCUUUGUUUUUUGAUGGGAGAGGGUAACAUGGAAAACGGCAAGUGAAUGUUUGAUAUCUUCACUAUCCUUAAUAUAAAUCAUUUGACAAACUAAGAUUUCAAAAUUUUAAGAAUCUGGUACUAGUUAAGACUUUCUGAAGCAUUGCACUGCUGUGUAUUAGAAUUUUAUGUUUGUUUACUGUACAUAGAGACUUAUUUGUGAACAUGAAUAGUCGUAUUAAAUAAACUUUUGUUAAAUUAA